AUGGGUAUGACUGACGGUGCGAAGCAAUCUGAGACAGAGGCGUACAACACUCUUGUGAACGACGCCCUGAUAGGAUUCGUAUCCCUUGUCAACCAGAAUAGGCCGUACAUCUACAACAAGAGAAAGAGCGACUUUGAGCUGAAUAUCCUGGAAUCGGUCUAUAAAAUAUCAAAAUACCCAUCAAAGGAAAUCAAGAAGUACAUUUGUCUAAUAGGGGGACUGAACUAUAAGGCAGUGAAUGUGUGGUUUCAGAACAGGAGGAAUGCGCUGACUGGGGGGAAGGUGGAUCCGGACGAGGAGGAGAUGGAGUGCAACUUCCUGGGCAGGUCGAACUCAGAUUGGACGAGACUGAACACGAUCAACCUGGCCGAUCAGUACUACACCAGUCACGAUUUGGGCGAAUUCAUCAAAAACAACACGUUCAUCAAGCGGAAGGAUGCGAGGCUGUUUAUGAAGAUCGCAAAGUGCAGUCGCGUGAUAGCAGAGGAGUUUGCGAGACUGGAGCACCUGGAGCAGUUUAGGACGUGCGAGUCAGACAUGAUCAACAUGUUUAUGCAGAAGGGGAUUGAGUUGAAGACGAAGCUACGGAAGUUCUAUUUUGGGUCAAACACGAAUGAGAAGUUGAACAACGACUUUCUUGACACGGACUACCUGAUGAGCACGUUCUACAGCAACCUGAGCAAGCAGAAUCAGAAGCUGUUUCUGAAGUUGAGGCGGAGAUAG